AUGUCGGCCUAUGCUGUCCCCCCUACAGCUGCGGGCGCUCACAGCCCCCACACUGGCUUCGUACACCCUGGAGCAGGUGCACAUGCCCAGCCUGCCACCAGCGCAUCCGUGUACACUGCGAACUCGGCUCCCUUUUCAAGCCCCUUUGCAGACCCUGCCAAGCCCGCCGCCUUCACCCAUCCCCAGCAGUAUGACACUGCACCAGGGGUGCCGCAGGCCUACCAGCAGCUCAGCGCCUACACCACAGCCGAUGUCUAUGCUCACCCAGCCGCAGUAGGCACUGCUGCAGCAGCGCCGCAGCAACAGAAGCAGCAGCAGGCUGGCUCUUUCCCCCAUGCCGUGCCUCCCAACAGCUCCGCUUCGGCCCAUGGCUCCUCAUUGCACGGGUCGUCGGUGCCCACGCACCAGCAGCAGCCACAGCAGCAGCAGCCACAACAGCAGCAGCAGCAAAUCGCAGCAUCGGAGGAAGAAGCAAUGGUCUGUACGCAGGAAAUAGCUCACGCCUUCGUUUACCAGUACUACCUCAUGCUGCACGAGAACCCGAGAGACAUCUACCGGUUCUACGACCAAGAUUCCAAGAUGCACCGCAUAUCUGACCGUGCGUCCUCGGACGUGGACUCAGGAUCUGCAUCGGAGCCUCCGUGCAUACGGGCUAGCGGACUGCAGGGAAUCACUGCGGCUUUUGAACAGCUCAAGUUCGACAGAGCAACAUGCCGCAUCCGCAACAUCGAGGCUCAAGAGAUUGACAACGGAGGCAUUCUGGUGCUCGUCACAGGCUGUCUCAAGCACUCCAAAGACGCUCCAGGCAGAGAGUUCGCUCAGACAGUCCUGCUCGCGAGGAUGAAGCCGCCCAGAGCUGGGUGGUAUGUGCACACGGAGAUGUUCAUCUAUUUAGAUGCGAUGGUCGGAGCGGCGGCAGAAAAAGCAGCGGCAGAGGCCAGGAAGGAACAGAAAGAGGAGAUGCAGCAGCGGCAGAGGCAGCUGGAGAGGCAGCAGCAGCAACAGCAGCAGCAACAGCAGCAGCAGGAACUGCAAAGGGAACACUUUGAACAGCAACAGCAACAACUCAACCAACAACAGCAAGAGCAGCAGCAACAGCAGCAGCAGCCAACACAUACCGACGGAGCUUUGGGGGUUGCGCCCCGUGCGGAAGUAGAUUCAUCCUCGAGCGGGCCUGUGGCGGAGAAGGAGCCAGCACCAGCAGCAUCAGCAACACCAGCGACAGAAGCGGUGCAACAGAUAUCGGCGGCUGGGGAGAGCCCAGAUGAGACUCCGCAAGGAGCAAUAGCAGAUGGAGAGAAAUGCCAGGAUGUGCAGGUAGCCGAAGGACAGGCGCCAGCCGCCCCUAAAGCUGCGCAGCCAACUCGCAGCCGGUGGCAAAGACACGAAACCCCGCAUACUACAGAAGAGGCUUCGCCGCAGUGGCCAAAACCUGGCCAAACACCACAGAAGCCGCCAGCCUCGGAAGAACAGCAUUCACGGGGAGGCAAGCAACAGCAGCAGCAGCAACACAAUUAUGACCCGCAGAGUUUUGCGUACAAAGUACUGCAGAACGUCCGCCCUGUUGCUCAGAGAGGCUUCGCUAUCCCGGCCGUUCCCAACGCGGCUGCUGACGGCUCUGGCGAGGACCGGCCAAACGGAAGAGGCUCUCAAGGAGAGCAUCAGCAACCUACAGUCCCCCACCAGCAACAGCAGCAACAGCAACCUCCCCACCGCCGCCUCAUAAUCUUAGCUGAGGUUCCCGCUACCUUGAGCGCUGAUGAGCUGAAGGGCUCCAUAAAUGAAGCUCUAGCUGCUUUCAACAACGGGCAAUGCACGGACCUCCGGAGGCCAACCGGCGGCCGCACUUUUGGGAUCGUUUUUGAGGUCGACAGCCUGCAGAGCGCACAAUACCUUGUAGAGCAUGGACUUGCAAUCAACGGCAGACAGGCGCGAAUCGACUUCGUGCGCCCGAGGGGCAGCGGUGGGCCGGGGCGUGGCGGUCGCGGCGGUCUGAGCCAACGCGGAAUGGGUGUUGAGGGCAGGAGGUCGUCCGGAGAGCUGCGGCGAGGUGGCCGUGGAGGUGGCCCCAGCGGCGGGGCUCCUUUUGGGGGCCCGAGCGGGGAGAGAGCGGGCGGUGAGGGAGAUGAGGAGGAGGCUGAAGGUCAAUGGAUCGAUCCCGCAGCCAGACGCCGACAGAGGGCCCCUAGAGGCGGCUGGGGAGGCGGUGUUGGGAUCGGAGGGGGCCCUGUGGGCUCCCAGCGGGGCAAAGGAAGCAGCAGCGGCUACAGAGGAGGCCAGCUGAGAGCUGCGGCGCAAGAAUAG